UUUUCAGGUUUUAACCGGAAUAUUCGGUUUGGACUUGGUUUCAAACCGCGUGAAACAAUGAGCUAAUGGUGUAACUCUGCAACGCCUUGUAUAAAUCGUUCACCUCUCUAAUUCAGCACCACCUAAAAUCCCAGAACUCCAUUUUCUUCCAACCAAUCAACCAACCAACUCCAUCAUGUCUUCCUCUCAAUCCCACACAAUCGAACACCUCGUCCUCUUCAAGCUCAAGGACACCACAGAGCCGUCCGAUGCCGCCGAUCACAAAUUCCUCAACCUAACCAACGGCCUGAUCUCCCUCGACCAAGUCCUCCACAUCACCGCCGUCCCGCUCCGCCGCAUCCGAUCCUCCUCCGCCCUCACCUUCACCCACAUCCUCCACAGCCGCUUCCGCUCCAAACCCGACCUCGCUGCCUACGCUGUCCACCCGGCCCACCUCCGCGUCGUCAGGGAAAACGCGGCUCUCGUCGACGACAUGUUAGCCGUCGAUUGGGUCGCCGCCGACCUCACCGGCCCCACAACUCCGCCGCCGGGCUCCGCCGUGAGAGUGGCGCUUCUGAAAUUAGGCGAAGGCUCGGGCGAAGAGAGGAAAUCGGAGAUUUUGGAGGCGAUAAGAGGAAUCAAGGACGAACUUGUUGGGAUUAGUCAGUUCAGUUUUGGGAAGAAUUUCUCGCCGGAGAGAGCCAAGGGGUUUUCGAUAGCGUUUCUGGCUGUGUUUCCGAGUGCAACAGAAAUGGAAUCGGCGGAUUCGAAGAAAGAGGAGAAGUUGAAAGAACUUGCGGAGAGCUUAAUCGUGGUUGAUUACGUUGUGCCGUCAUCGGAGUAGCUAUGUCUUUGGGUACCUGAUUUUCCUGUGUGUUGUUCUCUCUUCUUUGAAUGGGAUGAUGAAUAAAAAGCACAAAAUCUAGCCCAGGGGGGUUUGUAGUAGAAGGUAUCAGGUUCAAAACUUAAGG